GUCAUACUACAACCUAAUAUUAUACAAUAUUCCAAACAAUAGAUCAGUGUUUUUGUACUCAAGUCCAGAACCUGAAUUUGAAACUUAAUAUUUAUUACUUGACUUUGAAUAGUGUAAUGAUGACCUGCACAAAUUGGGUUCAUAACUUGGAACCAGGGACUCAAUCACUUUUUCCAUCCAUCCAUCCAUCCAUCCAUCCAUUCAUCCAUCCAUCCAUCCAUUUUCUGCCACGUAUCAUGGACAGAGUUGUUUUGCCAGCAGGCUAAGCAAGGGAAUCCAGACGUUCACCUCCCCAGCAACCUUUUCCAGGUCCUCCUAGGGUAUCCUAGGGUGUUCCCAAGCCAGAAGAGAAAAAUAAUAAUCCCGACAUGUUCUGAGUCUUCCCCAGUCUCCUACCAGUUGGACAUGCCUGGAAGACGUACUUCAAGCUCCCCUGGGUGUCCUCCUAGGGUAUCCUAGGGUGUUCCCAAGCCAGAAGAGAAAAAUAAUAAUCCCGACAUGUUCUGAGUCUUCCCCAGUCUCCUACCAGUUGGACAUGCCUGGAAGACGUACUUCAAGCUCCCCUGGGUGUCUGAGCUGCUUACCAUAUCUCUAAGGUGCAUGGUGGCGGUCAUGGUCUGAUGAAGCCAACAGAACCACAUCAUCUGGUAAGAGCACCGAAGCAAUUCUGAGGUCCGGUCACCACCUUUACGUUUGACUUCCUGCCAAGAACACAGACACAGCUUUCACUCCUGUUAUGUAAGGACCGGAUGGCUCGUGCCAGUUGCCCCAGUACACCAUACUCCUGCGGCGAAAUGCCUCAGCAUGUUCUAUGAUCUUACAGUGUCUUUUUUGCUCUUUGUGCUUUUCAGGUUCUCUAUGAUCAAAAGGUCUUGGGGAAGUUUUGUGGCCAAGAAAAUUCAACUGAUCACCCAGGCCAAGAGCCAAUCCUUUCUCAAGGCAACAGAAUGACUCUCAUAUUUCAAACAAGUAACUCCUCUCCAGAGGUCCAGCAGCACAUUGGCUUCUCUGCUACCUACAAGGCAAUAGACAUAGAUGAGUGUUCAAAACCAGUCUCUGGAGAUGGCUCAUAUCCCCUCUGCUCCCAGAUCUGUAUCAACACCCCCGGCUCUUACCGCUGCUCCUGCCACCAUGAUUACAAACUUCAUUUAGACCAGCACACAUGUUUGUUAUCCUGUGGAGGUUGUAUAUUUGAUAAACAUGAGGGACAUCUGUCCAGUCCAGGGUACCCUCGUCCUUCACCUCCUUUUCUGUUCUGCAAGUACAUCAUCUCUGUGGAGCCCAGAUUCACUGUCACUCUCAAUUUCACUGACAACUUCCACAUAGAGAGCAUGGACACUCAGCAGGGUCCCAAGUGUCUACAUCACUGGCUGCAGGUGACCAUUCCAGAUAGGGAGCCCAUGAAGCUGUGUGGUGGAAAGAGUCCAGGUCUGAUAGCUACAAAUUCCAGUACUGUCAGACUGGACUACCACACUGAUAAUGAGGGCCUGAGCCACGGCUGGAGCCUGGACUACAGCACAGAUGUUGUCAAAUGUCCAUUUCCGGGGAAAGUGACUAAAGGCAGAGUGACUCCUGUCUUGACUGAGUAUUUCUACAGAGAUUACAUCUAUGUGACCUGCGACCGAGGAUACAAGCUGAUGAUGGAUGGUCGAAAAAUCAAGACAUACUCAUCCAUGUGUCAGAAAGACAGACAGUGGCACCUCCCUCUGCCAAAAUGCCAGAAAGUUGACUGUGGAGAACCCGAACCUUUGCUGAAUGGAGGAGUGACCUUCCUGUCUGGCUUUCAGAAUCAGUAUGGUUCUGUUGUUCAGUAUCACUGCAAUGAACCUUUUUACUCUCUCCCUGGGGGCGUUAAUGUUAGUUUCACCUGUGAAACAGACAGAAAGUGGAGAUCCAACCACACCAUCACUCCAAUAUGUAUACCUGUCUGUGGCCAGCCUACAAAACUCAUCUCUGCCUAUCAGAGGAUCAUUGGAGGCAGGGAAGCUCCAGACAAAACCAUCCCCUGGCAAGUGUUACUGAGAGUAGAUGGACAAAGAGCAGGAGGCAUUGUGAUUGCAGACCGCUGGAUUAUGACUGCAGCUCAUGUCCUAAAGCAUAAUGGACAACAAGUAUCAAAAGAGUCUAUACAGAUUAACAUGGGAGUUACUGAUGUUAGUCAGCUCUCUCCUGUGUAUGCUGCCUCUGUCCACAUUCACCCUAAAUACAACAACCCCAAUGACUUAGAUUACGACAAUGACAUCGCCUUGAUCAAACUGCAAGACCGAAUCACAUUCAACUCAUCCAUUAUGCCAAUUUGUUUGCCAGCAAAGGGUGCCACAUAUGUCACUGGCAUGAUGGGACUGGUGUCCGGCUUUGGCCUUACAGACACAGCCGACAGCCGAUGGAUUGUCCCAAAUAAGCUGAAGUACGUGCACCUCCCUGUGGUGGAGCAGGAGACAUGCAAUAAUUCAAUCACUUUGUUGAAGAGGACAAGGAAAAAUGUACCAAGUCUGACAAAUAACAUGUUUUGUGCUGGAGUCCCUGAAGGUGGGAAAGACUCCUGCCACAGUGAUAAUGGAGGCCCCUUCACCCUGAGUGAAGAUGGACUGUUCUGGGUUGCUGGGAUUGUCAGCUGGGGGGUUGACUGCGGACAGCAGGGAACAUAUGGAGUCUAUACCAGAGUCGCAAACUACCUGGACUGGAUCAACAAGACUAUGCAGAAGAAGUUUACUAAAUUUAAUCACUAAGUUAUAAAAUGUGGUUUGUUGAACACAACCAGGGACAAAUAUGUCUAAAUAAAAAUAAAUGAGGAAGAAUAACUUG